GCGAUCAUGGCUUCUCGGAAUCCGGGGACGGAGUUGGAACUCAGUUGGCUCGCUCGAGUUCGAGUGAAUCAACCAGCUGUUCUGAGACGUGCGGCACAAAUCCAGACACAAUGGCCUGUGAAAAAGAAUUGGCAGGCAGCUUGGCUUCUAAGGGCCGUCACCUGCAUCAACCUCACCACGCUUUCAGGCGAUGACACCCCCGUCUGCAGGUUGUGUUACAAAGCCAAGCAUCCCAUCAGACAGGAUCUGUUGCAAGCUGUGAACAUGCAUGAUAAAGGUAUUACUACUGCAGCUGUUUGUGUCUAUCCAGCUAGAGUAGCAGAUGUGGUUAAGGCACUCAAGGCUGCAGGCUGUGACAUCCCAGUAGCUUCAGUGGCAACUGGGUUCCCAGCAGGACAGACAGCUCUGAAAACCCGCUUAGAGGAGAUCCGGCUAGCCGUGGAAGCUGGGGCGAGAGAGAUCGACAUUGUCAUUAACAGAACCUUAGUUCUGACGGGGCAAUGGGAAGCUGAGGAUUAG